AUGGAUGAUAGAGUUAUAUUAAAAAUUUAUUGUUAUGGACAGAUUUUGUUAGAAACAUAUGAGGGAGUUCAAUUUGUAUGUCAAAAUCCAGUAGAUGUUGUUAUUCCGUUCACAUUGUCAUUGGAUGAAUUGAAAGGUGUGAUUUGUGAGAAGAUACAUUCAGAAAGAUCAGGAAGAAUAUCGUGUAUUUUGUACAGGUAUCCUUUACCUGUGUUUGGUGAAUUCGUCCAUUUUCAGACGAAAUACGUGACAGAUGAAGCGAGUAUGCAGGAAAUAUUUUCAAUGUAUAUUGAGAAUCGCCGGCGAAUAUCGUGCAUUGAGUUGUAUAUUGAGUUCGAGCAAUUUGAAGUGGACCGAAAUAUUGAAGUCAAAGAUUAUGAUAGUGGUAGCGAUGAGGAUUUUGAAAGUAACUAUGAGAUCGUUGGUCCAGGUGAAAACGAAGAUGGAGCUGACGGCCCCAUGAACCCAGAUGUGGCGGAGGUUGCUAAUGCACUAGCAAACUCGCUUUCGUUUCAGGAGCCUUCUUUCAUGCGGUCGUUGGAUUUGGAAGUGAUGAAUGCAGCUGAGUUUUCGCAAUAUAUGAAUGCAGAGCUUCCUGUUGUGGCGGAUGGUGAAUUUACGGUGGGGAUGGAAUUUAGCUCAAGGGAGGAAGUAAUCAAGGCAAUGAAAGACUAUACCAUCCAUAGAGGGGUAGACUAUCGGGUUUAUGAGUCGGAACCGAUGACAUUCUAUGCUAAAUGUACACAUUAUGGCAAAGGUUGUGAUUGGCUGAUCAGGGUUACGAAAAUGCAGAAGAAGUACUGCUGGGAGAUAAGGAGGUACAAUGGUAGUCACACUUGUACCCGGUCGACAAUUUCUCAAGACCAUUCGAAACUGGACUCCAAGACAGUUGCAGAAGCAAUUAAGCCGUUGGUAGAGGUUGACCCAUCUUUGAAGGUGAAAUCAGUCAUUGUGGAAGUCCAGUCGAAGUUUAACUACACCAUCAGCUAUAGGAAAGCUUGGUUAGCAAAGCAGAAGGCGGUUGAGUCAAUUUUCAGAGGUUGGGAGGCAUCGUAUCAAGCUUUACCCAUAUGGUUUGAGGCCAUGUGUCACAAGGAGCCGUCAGCAGUGGUUCACUUUGAAACAAUGGAUGCGUACCAGGGGGAUGACUUGGUUCCUGAUAUCCGUGUACUACAUAGAGUCUUCUGGAGUUAUUACCCUUGUAUUAGGGCCUUCAGACAUUGCAAGCCAGUAGUGCAGGUGGACGGGACUCAUUUGUAUGGUAAAUACAAGGGUUGUUUGUUGGUUGCAGUCUCACAAGAUGGUAAUAACAACAUCGUGCCUAUUGCAUUUGCCAUAGUGGAGGGGGAGACCUCUGAUGCAUGGUACUUUUUUCUAAGUAACAUUCGUCAACAUGUGGUCACACGUGAUGGUGUCGGACUUAUCUCUGAUCGACACGAUUCUAUCAGGUCAGCUAUUGAUCGGAGUAAUGGGGCUUUGUCUCCUCCCAGAGCUUUCCAUAUGUUCUGUAUUUGGCAUAUUGAGUCGAAUUUCUUGAGGAAGUUCAAGGCACCGUACUUGCAGAAGCUCAUCGUCAAUAUCGGGUAUUCGAGGACGAUACGGGAGUACCAGAUGCGCUAUGAACGAUUAAAAGAACGGGGUGGGGCUUACACCAACUGGCUUGACCGCAUCCCACGUGAGCAGUAUGCUUUGGCAUUCGAUGGUGGAUACAGAUGGGGACAUAUGACCACCAAUCUUGUGGAGUGCAUCAACUCCGUGCUGAAGGGUGCACGCAAUCUCCCGGUCACUGCGCUUGUUAAGGCUACAUUUUACAGACUAAAUGAGUUGUUCACUAGGAAAAGAGCCGAGGCUGAGGCUCGAAUUAAUGCUGGACAUGUGUUCUCUGAGAUGGUCACCUCGAAGCUGCAUGCAAACCAGCGAGCAUCGGGAAACAUACAGGUGAACUGUUUUGACAGAGAACAUGAAGUCUUCGAAGUUCGCGAGAUGACUAAUGGGGUUAAGUAUGCAGUUGACCUAUGCCAACAGCGGUGCGACUGUGGUGAAUUCCAGCGGUUGGAUUGGCAAGUAUAUGUUCAUGACGUAUACAAGAUGGAUUCAGUUCGAAGAGUAUACAGGGUGAGGUUUAGACUACUGGAAAAUCCUACAACGUGGCCUGCUUAUCAUGGUCCACGAUUCGUUGGCAAUCCGUUCCUCAGACGGGUGGCCAAAGGUCGGCCUAAGAUGACCCGCUUCUUGAAUGAGAUGGACACCCGCAUGUUGCGUGGUCCUAGGAGAUGCAAGCAAUGCGGUGCCGAGGGCCACAGCCGGAGUAGAUGUCGUCAGCGAGGUGGUCCAAGUGCGGGGCACCCGGAGAGUAGAAGUGACUAUUGCUGCCUGACAUUCGCAGUUUAA